UCAUGCUGCUGCCAGGUCCAGAGUGUGUCAUGGGUCCCUGUACGGCCUCCCAUUGCUGCUGUCUCCAUCGCCACACUCUGCCAUGUGCCACUUUCAGGUCUCCUCACACACUGCUGGGUUCCAUUUUGUCAUAGGGUGCUGGCAGAUUACGGGCCUCCCAUUGCUGCUUCCAGGCCUGUAAUCUGCCAUGGGCCCCAGUACCGCCUCCUCAUGCUGCUGCCAGGUCCACAGUCUCUCAUGGGUCCCUGUACGGCCUCCCAUUGCUGCUGUCUCCAUCGCCACACUCUGCCAUGUGCCACUUUCAGGUCUCCUCACACUGCUGGUGUGUUACAUUUUUUG